AUGCAGCUUUAUGGCAUCUUCACAUACCCCAUUGUCCGUGACCAGCUCAUCGCAAACACAAUUCUCGUCAUCAUCGCCACUCUUCUAGUGAUACUCCGAUUUAUCUCCCGGCGCGUUCGGCAAAGUGAGAUAUGGUGGGAUGAUGGAUUUUGCGUGGCUGGGAUGCUACACACCUACGGUAUGCUGGCCAUGCAGUUCCAUUAUGCUCACGUUGGAAUGCGACAUCAUGUUACCGAUCUUCCUCCCGAGAACACUGUGACAAUUGUGAAGAUGCUCAUUGCCUACCAAAUUGUGUACUACAAUGCCAUGGUACUGGCCAAAUUUACCUAUCUUUUCUUCUAUCUGCGAAUCUUCGUCUCGAAGGAGUUUCGCAUCCUUACAUGGGCCUGCAUGGGUUGUGCAGCGGCAUAUUGGACUGGAAGUAUACUCCAGAUCUUCUUAAUCUGUAGGCCCUUUGCCAAAAAUUGGAACCCUCUCCUUCCCGGUCAUUGCGCAAGUCAGAAUGUGGCAUUUUCGACAAUCGGAGCGUUCAAUCUUGUCACCGAUCUUAUGAUUAUGUUGUUGCCGAUCCGUUUCAUUUGGAAAUUGCAAAUGUCCCUUGGGACGAAGAUGGCGCUUUACGGAAUUUUUGGGCUUGGUAUAUUCAUUUCUUCGAUAACGAUAAUCCGCAUUCACGUCCUCACGACCGUCGACUUUCUAGAUCUACCUUAUUCGAUGACUUGGGCUGCUUUCUGGAGUGUGACCGAGCCCGCAUUAGCAAUUUCAAACUCAUGUGCGCCUAUGCUCCGACCCAUUCUGAAGGUUGUUUUUCCAAACCUGUUCGCCAGCGCUAAGGCUGAAUAUACUACCCAACCCAUAUCUGGGCCUAAGUCAACUAAGAAUCGGACGGCGGAGCGAAUGGAUGAAAUGGACAGCGAGUUUCCCCCUCACACAGGUUCAAGGGCGAAUGGGAUCUGGAUAUGA